AUGGUCACUGAUGAUGACAUAUACAUCGUUUUCGAAAAAGUUGUUCGGAUUGAUGUUGACCAGAAGCCGGCUCUACCUUUGAUUAGUUCAUCUAAUGUUCUGAAAAGCCUAGAUGAAGGCAGUUCUUCUCUAGUAAAAUCCAAAUUUCCUGAUACCAACUUUUCCGUUGAUGACAAACUGCAGAUUCUCACCAACAAUGAACUUGAUUACGAUUUUGGGAUUGAUGAAAUGAGUGCUUUGUAUGGAUCAGAUUAUGAUGAAGGAAUUGGCACUGAAAGCCCACGCAGUGAUUAUUUGUCCACAAAGAUUGACAUACCGAACCCUACUCCGCAUAUCGAAAAGAAAGCUGCAAAGUCACACGUUAUUGAAAAAGUUUCUCCAAACACGAUUCAGAAGAAAAGAAAGAGUGAAAGCUCUGAUUUCUCCAGAAAAGUUGUGAAAGCCGUUGAUCGAAUCGAAAAAAUUGAUAGUACAACAUCCAAAUAUCUGAAAGAUAUCCUCGAUAGAUCACCAGCCAGCGAGUUGAAGAAACUGAACUUCAGCAAUCAUAUUGACCUCCUUAUGCAAGUUUCAUUCAUAGCUCAUGAUUAUGAAAAAACUUAUAGAGACGCUAAAACUAGAGCGAAAGCUUACAAAGUCAUCAAAUAUAUUAAAAACUGUUUACGAUCUUAUGUCGACAACGGUCCAUCUAAAUCCAUUCUCAAUCGAUUGAGCGUUGCAAGUUCGGAAGAUGAGACUUGUAUUCCUAGAAGAAAUUACAUGAGUUUUGAGAAAUGGACAAACGUAGAUGGAGAUCUCUUCUUGGAGAAGGUAUGCGAUGUUGGUAUCGGAAAGGUGUCCAACCCAUUAGGUUGUGCUUAUGAUUCCACCAUUGGCUUUUUGUUCACGGGACCAUCUGAAAUUUAUAGCUGCUCUGUGGAAGGUGUCAUGCCUGAUGUACCCAUGAUUGGAGAAUUGAACAAUCCGUCGGCAAUUGUGGUCAUAAGGCCGGGAGAGUUAUUGGGUGUUCUGGAUCGAAAUGGCAUUUAUGUGUAUGAUUUGAGAAGUCUUAUUAAAUAUGUGGUAGCUACGGGCUUAAAUGGAAUGUGCAGAGGACUUGCUGUAACAGAAGAAGGAUUUCUGCUCACUUCUGGACGUGUACAAGGUGUCAGUACGUUAAUCUUAUAUGACCCAAAAGAAGCAAAUCAUGUUGCUAAAUCUUGCCCUUUCCCUGUUAUUCAUGGCUCCUACAUGGGGCCAAACCCUUGUUUUAUUAGUUCUAGAAAUGGAUCGGCGUAUAUCACUGAUCUGGGUCAGAACUGUAUUGUUUGUGUGAACUCUAAGUCUUUGGAAGUUCUUUUUGUUCAAGACCUCAGAAAGUCAAACACAAAUUCUGUGAAAUUUAAUUUCGUUAGUGGAAUUGUUAUGGAUUCAAGAAAUAAUCUUCUUGUAGCCGAUGCUCAAAAUAGAAGUCUCUAUUAUUUGGAUGGUCUGUGCAGAAAAGGAGGCCUCGUUAAGGUUUCGAAAGGAUAUUUUCCUUAUAGCGCGUCAUUUGAUGUUAGCCCCUGUGGAAGUUUGUUGGCGUGCUGUCGAAAAACAAACUCUAUGGCAUUGUUUAAAAUUACUGGAGUUGACAAAAAUAGCGUAGAAAACGUUGUUUCCGAUCUCUUCGAUCUGAAUUGA